AUGGAAUCGGGGCAAGAAGAAAUCGAGUUCACCACGAACAAGGGCGACUAUGAAAUGCUCGAGGUCCUCGGUCAGGGAGCCACUGCUCAUGUUCAAGUCGCCUGCUUUACUUGCCCGAAAACUGGGAAACAAAGGAGGGUGGCGGUGAAACGGAUUCAAUUCGAAGAGUUUUCCAGCUCACUCAAGUCGAUUUCGACGGAAGUUGGGUUGAUGAUGAAGUGUAGACACGAACAUAUCGUGGAGUUUCAUACGAGUUUUGUCGUCAAACAUGAGCUUUGGAUCAUAAUGGCCCUGCAUUCUGGUGGAUCAAUGUUUGAUGUCAUAAAACAAAGAAUAAACCGCCCUGAAUUCGAAGAUGGUCUCUUUGAAGAGGUCGAACUUGCCACUGCUCUCAAAGCAACUCUAUCGGGACUUGAUUACCUCCACUCAAACGGGCAAAUUCACCGCGACUUGAAAGCUGGCAACAUCCUUAUUGGAGGAGAUGGUGCCAUCGCUCUUGCCGAUUUUGGUGUGUCGGCGAUAAUGAGUAUAUCUGGUGAUCCGUUUGGCGACGCGAAAAAGGGCACUUUCGUCGGAACUCCUUGCUGGAUGGCGCCGGAGGUAAUGGAACAAGAAAAAGGCUACGACAUGAAGGCUGAUAUUUGGUCUUUUGGAAUUGUUGCCUUCGAACUUGCCACUGGUUUUGCUCCGUAUGCCAAGUUCCCGCCGAUGAAAGUCAUCAUGCUGACCGUCAAUAAUCCCGAACCUACUCUCGACAAGACGAAAUACAAGAAAUAUUCGCGAGAAUUCCGCAAAAUGAUCGAAAGAUGUCUUCAAAAGGAUCCGAAACUGAGACCUACUGCAAAAGAGCUCCUGAAAGACAAAUUCUUCAAAAAGCAAAAGAAGACGACAAGCAUCACGCCCCGUCGAGUUCCUGGCAGCUCUGGACGACUGAGAAAGCUGCCCGAUGGAGGCUGGGAGUUUUCCGACGACGAGGCAGACCCUCAAGAAAAAACUGAAAAUCACAACAGUCCAAGAAGUGCGGAAGCUAAGCGCGAAGUUGACGAGUUGAAGCUUAAAAUGGAGGCAAUGAAGGGAACGGAAGUCAAGUUGAGCUUGAGAAUUCGACAAAAUCAGAGUGGCCAUCUUCAAGAUAUCUCUUUUCCGUUUGUUAUUGGCACAGAUACACCUGCACUUGUGGCGCAAGAAAUGAUGCAGAAUAGAAUCAUCGAAGUAGACGAUAUCCUAAUCGUAGCAUCGAAUAUUGAAGACCUUUUGGAGGCGGUGGUUAGUAAUCCUGAGACGAAAAUGGAGGUCACCUUCAGGGUGAAAACAGGCCUCACAGACAAUAAUAUUAAUGAAGAGUUAUUGAAAGGUUUUGCAAAAUUAUCUUUGGAGAAGCAAUAA